AUGUUGCUGUGUGCCCGGAUCGUGGUGCUGGCCCUGGCUGUGCUGCCCUACGGAGCUGGGGCCGCCCAUGAAGCCUGCAGGACAGCAGAGCUGGCCGACGUUCUGUUCCUCGUGGGACAAUCCCAGGGCGUGGGCAGGGAGAGCUCCCAGCUGCUCCAGGACUUCGUCGACAGCACAGCGCGUUCCUUGGAGAACCCAGGAAUGGGGAAAGGAGGGAUCCGGAUGGGAGCAGUGCUCUACGGGGAGGAACCAAGGAUGAGCAUCGAGCUCACAGACCCCGCGACCGUCAGGGAAAAGCUGGCUGGAAUUCCGGAUCCGUCCCUGGGAAGCAGCAGCCUGAGGACGGGAGCAGCCCUGGCUUUCGCCACCCGGAUCCUGUCCCGGCCGGACACGUGGAGAGAGGAGGCGGCAAAGGUGGUUGUUUUGAUCACGGAUGGGAAAUCCAGCGAUUCCGUGGAAGCCGAAGCCCAGGCCCUGCAGGAUCUGGGGGUGACGGUGUUUGCUGUGGGAAUCAAGGAUGCCGACAGGAAGGAGCUGAGCGGGAUCGCCUCGGAGCCGGCGGCGGAGCACGUGCUCCACGUGGAGGAUUUCCAGCUGCUCCCCUCUGUGGGCCCCAAACUCUCCCGGAGGCUUUGCUUUGUCGCCUCGGAGCCACCGCGGCCUGUCAAGACCACGCAAGCUGAGAAGAUCCUGGGCCCGCGGGACCUGCGGGUGAGCGAGCACGACCACAGCUCCCUGCGGCUCACCUGGAUUCCGGCCACUGGGAAGGUGAUGGGAUACCGUGUCCGUGUCCACCCGCUGCUGCCCUCGGGGCAGCCGGAUCCAGAGGAGCAGCGGGAGCUGGAGGUGGGAGGUGACACCAACACCCUGCUGGUGACAGGCCUGAGGCCCAGCACCAAGUAUGUCCUCACCGUGAGGGCCACCUAUGGAGACACCAACGGAGACGCCCUCGGAGAACUGGCGACUGCCAAAGGGAAAACAACUCCCAUUCCCCCUGUCACCAACUUCCGGGUGGUGGAAGAAGGACCUUUCAGCCUGAAGGUGGCCUGGACCCCUCCCCCGGGAAAACUGGAGGGCUACAAGAUCUACAUCCCCAGGGCCAACAGACCAGGCCUGACCUACGAGCAGGUCCUUCGGGGCGACAUCUCCUCCCACAUUCUGGACAACCUGCAGGAGGACAGGGAAUACAAGGUCAUCCUCUACGCCGUGCACCCCCAGGGACCCAGCCAGCCCGUGGCCGCCCUGGGCAGGACAGUGAAGCUCCUGCCUGUGGAAAACCUCUGGCUGCAGAACGAAACCACGGACACGCUCCAGGCGAGGUGGAGCCCGGUCCGGGGAGCGACGGGAUACAGGCUCACCUGGACAUCAGCAGAGGGCAGCAUCCAGGACGUGAACCUCAGCAGCACCUACAGCCACUACAUGAUCCAGGGGCUGCAUCCCGGCGUGGAAUACACGGUCACCAUCAACCCCAUCUUCGGGAAUGUCGAGGGACCGGUGCGGAGCGGGAACGCGACGACGGUGGCCUCGAGCACCGUCCGGAUGCUGAACGUGAGCGAGAUUUCCACCAACAGCCUCCUGCUCUCCUGGGAUUCCGUCGCUGGAGCCACUGGCUACAGAGUGGCUUGGGGUCCUACCCCAGAAUUCUUUGGCAAGGACCGUCCCCGCCACCUGACCCUGGGCAGGUUGGUGACAUCCCAGCAGCUCCGUGCCCUGGCUCCCGACACCGAGUACAUGAUCUCCGUGUCCGUGCUCUUCGGAUCCGCGGAGGGCCCCGGGAUCAGCACCUCGGCCAGGACGGCUCCCCUGGGCUCCGUCCCCAACUUCAGGGUGAUGUCCCUCACCAGCACCAGCCUGUCCUUGGCCUGGGGGGCCACAGCAGCUGCCACCAAAUUCCGAGUCACCUGGAGCCCCGUGGGAGCGGGAAAAGGAAAGCAGGUUGCCAAGACCCAACUCCUGGGCAGCAGAGUGUUGGCUCAUCGGAUCGACCACCUGGAACCGGACACGCCGUACAGGGUUGGAAUUCGGGCUGUUUUUGGUCGGACUGAGGGGCCAGAGGUGACCCUGACCCACCACACAGCCGCUCCUGCAGAAUCCCAGCCCAUCCAACCCAUCCAGGACCUGAGGGUCACCGACACUGCCGGGAGCAGCUUGAAGCUCUCCUGGAAGAGGCUUCCUGGGAUAACUCACUAUAAGAUAUCCUGGGGGCCAUCCAACGGUGGCUUGGAAUCCUCCCAGCUGGUUGGGGCAGAGGCAGCUUCCUUCACCAUCCCCGAGCUGAAGGAGGGCACCUCCUACACCAUCCACGUGUCCGGAAUGAUCCGAGGGCGGGAGGGAACCCCCGUGGUCCUCACGGCCAAAACCUUGGGAAUUCCCGGAGAGCCGCCGAGCGUUCCGGCGGCUCCGAUGACACCGGAUCCAAGGAGAACUCCAUCCAUGGCUCCCGGCAGUGUGGGGGACACUCCUCUCCCAGUGGCCACCACUCCUCUCCCAGUGGCCGCCACCACCACAAAGUCCUCACCGAGCCCAGAGACCCCCCAGGCCACCACCGGCGUGUCCCCACCGCUGACAACUCCCUCCGGGCCCAUCUGUGGGAAGCUCCGGGCGGACGUCGCGUUCCUGGUGGACGAGUCCUCGAGCAUCGGGCCGAGCAACUUCCACAAAGUGAAGGAUUUCCUGUUCCGGGUCGUUUCCUACUUCCCGAAGAUCGGCCCCCAAGGGACACAGGUGGCCCUUGCCCAGUUCAGCGAGGAGCCCAGGGCAGCCUUUCACUUCCACCAGCACCGCGACCGGAACGGGGCCCUGAGAGCCAUCAAAGGGCUGAACUACACCGGAGGCAACACCAAAACAGGUCGCGCCGUGUCCUUCGCGCUCCGGGAGUUAUUCCGAACCUCCCGCGGGAUGAGGCCGGAAUUCCCACGGGUCCUGCUGCUGGUGACGGAUGGACCCUCCCAGGACGACGUGGGGCCGCCAGCCAGGGCAGCCCAAAAGUUGGGGAUCCACAUCCUGGCCGUUGGAAUCUCGGGAGCCGAUCCCACGGAGCUCAGCCGGAUCCUGCCGCGGGAAAACCCCCGGAAUGUUGGGAAUGUUUUCUACGCCAGCACCUUCGAGGACCUUCCCCAGGUCCUGGGGGAGCUCAUCGAGGCUCUUUGUUCCCGCCCUCUGCUCCUGGCUGGAGAGGUUGCCAAAAACGAGACCGCGGAGCCCUUUGGUGACACGGAGACCAAGGCCCAGGACCCUGAUCCAUCCUCAGCCCAACCACACUCCCAAAAAGAGCAGGAGCCUUGUGGGCCUUGGUGUUCCCAGAGCUCCAGGGCUCCGGCAGCUCCCAGAGGGUCCGACCCCAACGGCUCCACCACGAAGGGGGAGAAGGGGGAGAGGGGACUCCCUGGGAAGGACGGAAUUCCCGGGUUGCCAGGCAGGCCGGGCCGGGCGGGUCCUCCUGGUCCCCCCGGAGUCACGGGGAUUCCUGGUGUCCAAGGCGAUGUUGGAUCUCCCGGCUAUCCGGGACCGGCGGGGCCUAAAGGAGACAGAGGAGAGCCGGGAUAUGUCCUGGGAGGAGUGGAGGUGAUUCCCGGCCGGAAUGGGCAACCGGGCCCUCCUGGCCCCAAAGGGCAGCCAGGCGUUGCUGGGGCAGCAGGACCACCGGGAAUGCCGGGACCACCGGGAAUGCCGGGAGCGCCAGGACCUCCAGGGAUCUCCAUCAAGGGCCAACCAGGGGAUUCAGGAGCCAGGGGCCCUCGGGGGAGGAGCGGCCCCAAGGGGGACAGAGGAGGCCCAGGAGAGCCGGGGAAACCUGGUUUGCCAGGCCCUGUGGGGCUCCGUGGAGUUCCUGGACUGCCUGGACCACCGGGAGAAAAGAAUUCCACACUUGCCUCGCAGGGAACGGCGGGAACGGGAAUUCCUGGUGCUGCCGGCUCCAAGGGGGAAGAAGGAGAGCAGGGGCCAACGGGACCUCCGGGAGCACCAGGACCGAAGGGAAUUCCAGGAGUUCCGGGGCAGAAGGGAGAGCAAGUUUUGGGACCUCCAGGCAAGAAAGGCGCCAAGGGAGAUCCUGGAGCAGCAGGAGCAGGAGGAGAGCGAGGAAUCCCAGGAGACAAAGGGGAAAAGGGAAGUCCCGGAUUUGGGAUUCCCGGUCAGCCCGGGCUGAAGGGAGACACGGGAGACAGGGGAAAUGUGGGUUUGUCUGGAAAACCGGGGCAGAAGGGAGAAGCUGGAGAACCAGGAGUGAGAGGAAUCAGGGGCCCUCCUGGAAUCCCGGGACCACCCGGAGAACGAGGAAUGAAAGGGGACACAGGACAACCUGGAAAAGAUGGGGAACCUGGACUGCCUGGAAUUCCUGGAAGCGUGAUAACUUCCCUGGAGAACAUCCUGAAAGGAGACAAGGGGGAUCCUGGGAAGGACGGAUUGAGAGGGGAAAGAGGCCCCCCAGGCCCAAAGGGAGAACCUGGUCCACCGGGCAGAGGAGUGGAAAUGGAGGACCUGGAGAAGCUCUUGGAAUCCCACGGGAUCAAGCUCUCCCUGCUGAAGGAACUCUCGGACGCGCUCCUGCGGGACAGGCUGGACGGGCUCCGGUGGCAGUUGGGGACAUCCAGGACUAGCCAGAGCUCCAGGAAGGGCCAGGCAGGCCUGGCUGGCACCAGCCAUGGUGAUCCCCCAGGACUGGAUCCUUCUCCCGGUGUCCUGGGCAGCCUGGAGGGGACAGGAGAAGCCCAGAGCCUGGAGCUGGAGCCUCUGGAGUUGCCGGUGUCCGGAGGAGUCUCCAAGGGUCCACCUGCUGGUGGUGCUGAACCCGGGCACCACUUCCUGGGAAACCCUCCAGAAUCCUUGGAGAAAACACCCGAGGAAAGACAAGAGGAGAGAGGCUCGAGAGGGACAAACUCUUCUCUCCUCGGGGUCUGGGCUGUACCCCCAAAACUCCCAGGGGAUGAUCUGCAAGGAAACCAGUCCCUGGAGCUUCCCGAGCCCUUGGAAAAGAUGGAGGAAGCACAAGCACAGCUGGAGGCCAGCCAGCCCAUCCAGUUCCAACCCCAGAGACACCUCCCACUAUCCCAGGAAACCCGGGAUUCAGGGAACGGCUCCACAUUCCCGAGGCGCAUCCGGACCAGGAGAUCUCCCGAGGAACACGCGGAAAAAAUCCCAUUUCCCAACCCUGUGGAAAAUCCCGGAGGAGCCAACGCCCCUUUCCCGGCGGCUCCGUCCCCGAUCCAUCCUCCCGGAGCUCCGGGAGCUCGGAAAUUCCCGGCGGGAUCCACGGCGUAUCCAGGCCCUCCCCAUCCCAGGAAAAUGAAGGAGGAGGGAACUAUCCCGGCGGAUCCCCCUUCCCAGGGAAAAAAGGGAGAAACGGGAGCUCCCGGAAUCCGUGGAGACAAAGGAGAAAAGGGACAACCCGGAGCGGCAGGAAAACCCGGAGAAAAGGGCUCCAAAGGGGACACAGGAGAAGAAGGUCAGAAGGGAGAACCAGGAAUUGGGUUCAGAGGUCCCAUUGGUCAGGCUGGGCCACCUGGAUUUAAGGGUGAGCCGGGAGCCCCGGGACCUCCAGGAACUCAGGGCAUCCAGGGCAUCCGUGGCAACGCCGGAAUUCCCGGAUCCCAGGGGGUCAGAGGGGCUCCAGGUCUGCCUGGGAUGCCGGGACAGAAGGGGGAACGUGGGAGGAGAGGCCGGAACGGAAUUCCUGGGCCCGCGGGAGCGUCGGGAUCACCGGGAAAAGAGGGGAUUCCCGGGACACCCGGACCCAAAGGCAACAAGGGAGAAUCCGGCGUCGGAGCCUCCGGCCCCAGAGGUCCCCGUGGAAUUCCUGGCCCUCGGGGUGACGAGGGCAUCGUGGGACUCCGGGGUCCCGUGGGAAUGACGGGUCUCAAAGGAUUCCCGGGAGCGAAAGGGGAAAGAGGCGAUCGGGGACUUCCGGGACCCAAAGGAGAAAGAGGGGACACCACGACUAUUUUUGGACCCCAGGGCUACAAAGGCAACAAAGGAGAUCCCGGGGAACAGGGACUGCCGGGAUUUGAUGGAGACAAAGGAGAGAAGGGAGAGGAUGGACCUGUGGGAGACAAGGGAGUCAAAGGAGAAGCUGGAGCCAAGGGAGUGAUGGGGAUUUUCGGAGCCAGAGGCCCCGUGGGGCAGAAGGGAGAGCCGGGAGAGCCGAGUUUGCCGGGCCCUGCCGGGGCAGCGGGUCUCGAUGGGAAGAAUGGGAACAAGGGAUCCAAAGGGGACAGAGGAUUCCAGGGGCAGAAGGGGAAGCCGGGAUGGAAAGGCGAUCCCGGGACCACCGGUGACGCCGGGCAGAAAGGAGCAAAGGGAUUCCCAGGACUUCCAGGCCUCGCCGGCGCUCCCGGAGCCAAAGGCACCAAGGGAGAAAGGGGAAGUCCUGGAAAACCGGGAACACCGGGAUCGGACGGAUGGCACGGAGCAAAGGGGGAACGGGGAGCGGCGGGAAACGCCGGAGCCUCGGGAAUUCCGGGGGAGAAAGGAGAAAAGGGAGCCAAGGGAGUUCCUGGAUUGGGAGGCUUCAAGGGCCGGAUGGGAUGGCCUGGGAAGGCUGGAAUGGCCGGAGCAGACGGACCUCGAGGACCACAGGGAGAACCAGGGCCACAGGGUCCUCCAGGGAAAAGAGGGAAAUCCCAGAUCGGCCUCAGGGGACUCCCGGGAAUGGAUGGACCCAAAGGAGCCAGGGGGUGAAAUGGCCCGGCGGGACUGAAAGGAGAAAAGGGAGAUCCGGGGCUGUCUGAGGAAGAGGUGAAGGAGGUGGUGAGGAGCGAGCUGAGAGGCACCGGGGGUUGUGGAGGAGAGUCAGGAAUGGUGCUCCUGGAAAAGGAGGCGACUCCAGAGGAGGCAACAAAUCCCCGGGAGCUGAAGCAGCGCCAAGAAAUCCGCAGAGAAUUCCCAGCCUCCUGCCUGCAGCCCAUGGAUGAGGGAUCCUGCCAGGAUUAUUCCCUGCUCUGGUACUUCCACCCCGAGGCCAAGGCCUGCAGACCCUUCGUUUUCGGGGGAUGCCGAGGGAACGGGAAUCGCUUCCCAUCCCGGCGGGAAUGCGAGCGGCACUGCGGAGCCUCAGCAGGCAGAGGGAGCUGAGCAGCUGGAAUUCCCUGGUUCAAAUCCGAGGGAAACGGAGCUGGGAGAAGUUUCUCCGGGACGUCUUGGACGAGCAGGACAAACCUUUGGACGGGAAAAGGCAAGAGGUGUCGGGAAAAUGGGAAUUCUGAAGAGGAAAUCCAGCGGGAUGAGGGGAGGGAAACCACCCCUGGAAAGGGGGGAUGUCCAAAGGCUCCCGACUUCAUCCCACGGGGUUGGAAGGUGGGGGAAAAAAACC